CGAGUGGACCCGGCCAAGGGGCUCUUCUACUUUGACAACAGUUUCCGCCCAGUACCCCUGGAGCAGACAUACGUCGGCAUCACCGAGAAGAAAGCCAUCAAAAGAUUCCAGAUCAUGAACGAGAUUGUCUAUGAGAAAAUCAUGGACCAUGCUGGCAAAAACCAGGUGCUGGUGUUUGUCCACUCUCGGAAGGAGACUGGGAAGACAGCUCGAGCGAUCAGGGACAUGUGUCUGGAGAAGGACACCCUGGGUCUCUUCCUCCGAGAGGGCUCUGCCUCCACUGAGGUCCUGAGGACUGAGGCUGAGCAAUGCAAGAACCUGGAGCUGAAGGAUCUCCUGCCCUACGGCUUUGCGAUUCAUCACGCUGGCAUGACAAGAGUGGACAGGACGCUUGUUGAGGAUCUGUUUGCUGACAGACACAUUCAGGUGCUAGUGUCGACUGCCACUCUGGCGUGGGGUGUCAACUUGCCAGCGCACACCGUCAUUAUCAAAGGGACUCAAGUCUACAGCCCUGAGAAAGGGCGCUGGACUGAGCUUGGGGCUUUGGACAUUCUGCAGAUGCUGGGUCGAGCUGGCCGCCCUCAGUAUGAUACGAAGGGAGAAGGUAUCUUGAUCACCUCCCAUGGUGAGCUGCAGUACUACCUCUCCCUGCUCAACCAGCAGCUUCCCAUUGAGAGCCAGAUGGUCUCCAAACUCCCGGACAUGCUCAACGCAGAGGUGGUCCUGGGAAAUGUGCAGAACGCAAAGGACGCAGUGAACUGGCUGGGUUACACCUACCUGUACAUCCGCUUGCUGCGUAACCCUCCCCUCUAUGGGGUCUCCCAUGAUGAGAAGGUUGUGGACCCCUUGCUGGAGCGCCGUCGCCUGGACCUCGUUCACACUGCCGCCCUCGUCCUUGACAAGAACAACCUGAUCAAGUACGACAAGAGGACCGGGACCUUCCAGGUGACAGACUUGGGCCGUAUUGCAAGUCACUUCUACAUCACCCAUGACAGUAUCCAGACCUACAACCAGCUACUGAAGCCCACUCUCAGUGAGAUUGAGCUCUUCAGAGUGUUCUCUCUGUCCUCUGAGUUCAGGAACAUCACUGUGAGAGAGGAGGAGAAACUGGAACUCCAGAAGCUGCUGGAGAGAGUCCCCAUUCCUGUGAAGGAGAGCAUUGAGGAACCCAGUGCAAAGAUCAACGUGCUGCUCCAGGCAUACAUCUCUCAGCUGAAGCUGGAAGGAUUUGCUCUCAUGGCUGACAUGGUUUAUGUAACGCAGUCGGCGGGGCGGCUGAUGCGAGCGAUAUUCGAGAUUGUGCUGAACCGCGGCUGGGCCCAGCUCACCGACAAGACCGUCAACCUCUGCAAGAUGAUCGACAAGAGAAUGUGGCAGUCAAUGUCCCCGCUGCGUCAGUUCAGGAAGCUUCCUGAAGAAGUCAUUAAGAAGAUUGAGAAGAAGAACUUCCCAUUUGAGCGUCUCUAUGACCUGAACCACAAUGAAAUAGGUGAGUUGAUUCGAAUGCCUAAGAUGGGCAAGACGAUCCACAAGUAUGUCCACCAGUUCCCCAAGCUGGACCUAUCUGUCCACCUGCAGCCAAUCACCAGGUCCACCCUGAAAGUGGAGCUGACCAUCACACCCGACUUCCAGUGGGACGAAAAGGUGCAUGCCUCUUCAGAGGCAUUCUGGAUCCUAGUGGAGGAUGUGGACAGUGAAGUGAUCCUGCACCACGAAUACUUCCUGCUAAAGGCCAAGUACGCUCAGGACGAGCACCUGGUGACCUUCUUCGUGCCGGUCUUUGAGCCGCUUCCACCCCAGUACUUCAUCCGCGUCGUCUCCGACCGCUGGCUGUCCUGUGAGACCCAGCUUCCCGUAUCGUUCCGCCACCUGAUCCUGCCAGAGAAGUACCCACCUCCCACUGAGCUGCUGGACCUGCAGCCCCUGCCAGUGUCUGCCCUGAGAAACAGUGCCUUCGAGAGCCUCUACCAGGACAAGUUCCCUUUCUUCAACCCCAUACAGACACAGGUGUUCAAUGCAGUGUACAACAGCGACGACAAUGUGUUUGUGGGCGCCCCAACUGGCAGUGGGAAGACCAUCUGUGCCGAGUUUGCAAUCCUGAGAAUGUUGCUGCAGAACGCAGAGGGGCGAUGUGUCUACAUCACCCCCAUGGAGGCCCUGGCAGAACAGGUGUUUGCCGACUGGUAUGACAAGUUCCAGGAGACCCUGAAUAAGAAGGUGGUCCUGCUGACUGGAGAGACCAGCACUGACCUCAAGCUGCUGGGGAAGGGCGACAUCAUCAUCAGCACCCCUGAGAAGUGGGACAUCCUGUCCCGGCGCUGGAAGCAGCGCAAGAACGUGCAGAACGUCAGCCUGGUCCUCAUCGACGAGACGCACCUCAUUGGGGGGGACAAUGGGCCUGUUUUGGAGGUGAUCUGUUCCCGUAUGCGUUACAUUUCAUCACAGAUUGAGCGUCCAAUCAGAAUUGUCGCUCUCAGCUCCUCUCUUUCCAACGCCAAGGAUGUCGCCCAUUGGCUGGGCUGCAGCACCACGGCAACGUUUAACUUCCACCCGAACGUGAGGCCGGUCCCACUGGAGCUUCACAUCCAGGGUUUCAACGUGAGCCACACCCAGACACGCCUGCUGUCCAUGGCCAAGCCUGUGUACCACGCCAUCAUGAAGCACUCUUCCACCAAACCAGCCAUCGUGUUCGUGCCCUCGCGCAAACAGACUCGCCUCACAGCCAUCAACAUUCUCACCUUCUGUGCCUCAGAUGUCCUGCCACAGAGGUUCCUGCGCUGCACGGAGAAGGACCUGGCUCCCUUCCUGGAGAAGCUGAGUGAUGCCACCCUGAAGGAGACGCUGGCUAAUGGAGUGGGCUACCUGCACGAGGGCCUGAACCCCACUGAGCGCAGGAUUGUGGAGCAGCUCUUCAACUCCGGUGCUGUGCAGGUGGUGGUUGCCUCUCGUAGCCUGUGCUGGGGGAUGAAUGUCUCCUCUCACUUGGUCAUCAUCAUGGACACACAGUACUACAAUGGCAAGAUUCACGCGUAUGUGGAUUACCCGAUCUACGAUGUCCUGCAGAUGGUUGGGAGGGCAAACCGGCCCCUGCAGGAUGACGAAGGCCGCUGUGUAAUAAUGUGCCAGGGAUCCAAGAAGGAUUUCUUCAAGAAGUUCCUGUACGAGCCGUUGCCAGUGGAGUCUCACCUGGACCACUGUUUGCACGACCACUUCAACGCAGAGAUCGUCACCAAAACCGUGGAGAACAAGCAGGACGCCGUGGACUACCUCACCUGGACCUUCCUGUACCGGAGGAUGACCCAGAACCCCAACUAUUACAACCUGCAGGGCAUGUCGCACAGACACUUGUCGGAUCAUCUAUCUGAGCUGGUGGAGCACACGCUGAACGAUUUGGAGCAGUCCAAGUGCAUCAGCAUUGAGGAUGAGAUGGACGUGGCGCCUCUGAACCUGGGCAUGAUUGCAGCGUAUUACUACAUCAACUACACCACCAUUGAGCUGUUCAGCAUGUCUCUGAACGCUAAGACCAAGAUCCGAGGGCUCAUCGAAAUCAUCUCCAACGCGGCGGAGUACGAAAACAUUCCCAUCCGGCACCACGAGGACACCCUCCUUCGCCAGCUGGCUCAGAAAGUCCCUCACAAGUUGAACAAUCCCAAGUUCAACGAUCCCCAUGUGAAGACGAACCUGCUUCUGCAGGCUCACCUCUCCCGCAUGCAGCUGAGUGCUGAGCUGCAGUCUGACACUGAAGAGAUCCUCAGCAAGGCAGUGCGCCUGAUCCAGGCCUGUGUGGAUGUGCUCUCCAGUAACGGCUGGCUGAGCCCCGCCCUGGCUGCCAUGGAGCUGGCCCAGAUGGUGACCCAGGCCAUGUGGUCAAAGGACUCCUACCUGAAGCAGCUGCCAUACUUCACCUCUGAGCACGUCAAGCGCUGCACUGAUAAGGGAAUUGAGAGCAUCUUCGACAUCAUGGAGAUGGAGGAUGAGGAGCGCAGUGGGCUGCUGCAGCUCUCCGACAGUCAGAUAGCAGACGUGGCUCGCUUCUGUAACCGCUACCCCAACAUCGAGCUCUCCUACGAGGUUGCUGAGAAGGAGAAUGUUAAGAGUGGGAGUCCUGUUGUGGUUUUGGUCCAGCUAGAGAGAGAAGAGGAAGUGACUGGACCUGUCAUUGCACCACUCUUCCCUCAGAAACGUGAGGAAGGCUGGUGGGUGGUGAUUGGAGACCCCAAGUCCAACAGUCUGAUCUCCAUUAAGAGACUGACUCUGCAGCAGAAAGCUAAGGUGAAACUGGACUUUGUCGCCCCAGCCCUGGGUGUCCACAACUACACACUGUACUUCAUGAGCGAUGCCUACAUGGGCUGUGACCAGGAAUACAAGUUCAGUGUGGACGUGAAGGAGGCUGACAGUGAGGGAGACAGCGACUCGGACUAAUCCUGACCCUACGAAGAGGCUGGCUGGGGCAUACUGUGGGUGUGCUGGUUUCUGUAGCUUAAUACAGUGGGGCCACCAACCAACCAUCUCAUUGUUUAGGUUCAGCCUGGUCCUAAUGAAAUAAUGUGUUUUUAUAAAGGUGUGUUGUGUUCUGAUGAUGCACACAGAAUAACUCCACAGUCCUCUAAUGUAUAGGCUGUGAGUGUUGUGCACUGGAAAGCAGUGCAGAGUUAAAUGUUAUAUUUUUGUUCCCUGACAAAAUAAAAACCUAGACUAUUGAGAGCUACUCUAGGGAUGCAGUUGAAUACCACUUGCUCAAUACUCAAGAUCAUGAAAUGAGACUAUCGUCAAGAGUCUGAGUUUGCUGGCUGCUUUAAUAGCCAAUGAACCAGUUAUCCUUUUAAGAACACUUUAGUCUCAUCUCAGGUACUUGUUCUAAUUUUGUUUUGACAGAUAUUGCAGAGGAAGGAAGCGCUGCAUAUUCACAUUUAUGUUGGUAUGUUACCAAUUGAAAAUAUGGCAAGCAUAAACAACAAAGAAUGUUCUGGUCUUGCUAAUUUGUGUGUUUAUGAUUUUAAGCUCUUAGUUUGUAUCCUCAAGAGAUCUGUCUCUUUAAUAAUACUGUAGUGUGGAGACACGAUCCUCAGUAUUUUUGUAUUGCAAAAAGAGAAACUGAAAUGUUUUGAAAGUGAAUAAAUCUUGUACAGGCUUCUUUUUAUGUGUAACGAGCCCCAGGCUGUGAUGUAAUGGCUCGUUUUGUUUUUGUGCCAUUACUGCUGUCUACCCAAAUAAAGGCUUAGAUCACAA